UUCCCCUCCUCUUCUUUCUCUUAGUCGUUAAGCAUCCCCUCCCUAUCACCACCACUAUAUCACAAGAUCCCUCGGGAGCUGCUCUGCAACGGGACGCCAUGGAUGUCUUCUCUCGGUCUCCUUCUUCAUCCUUUCGAUCUUCUUCCUUCUCUUCUUCGUCUCCUUCUUCCUCUGCCAGGCGAGGGAGUCAGAGCAGAAGCAACCGGGGCACGGCCUCUAAAAUAAUCGAAAGGGUCAUCUGUGCCACCCUCACCUGUGUCUUUGCAGCAGUUGGUUCGCUGGUAGGGGCGAUCACAGGAGCUCUCAUCGGCCUAGCCACCGAGAGCGGCUUACUGCGAGGAGCUGGAAUCGGAGCUAUCUCCGGGGCGGUUUUCGCUAUCGAAGCUGUCGAAUCAUCUCUCGAUCUGUGGAACUCCAGGGAGUCCGGAAUUUGGAGCCUUCUCUAUGUGAUCGACAUACUCUGUAGCCUCUUGAGCGGAAGAAUUGUCCGGGAAAAGGUCGACCCAGCGAUGCAGAGCGCAGUACAGAGUCAGAUGAGUGCUGCCGAUCUACCUUCCAUAGAUAAUUUCGAUCUUUUUGCGACCGAUAGUACCGGAGGACUGGCGAUGGAUACGGUGGAGAAUCUCCCAAAGACCAACAUCACCGCCGAGAAUCUUGAAGCUGCAGGGGAGAGUCUCUGCUGCUCGGUGUGCCUACAGGACUUGCAAGUUGGAGAAACAGUGAGGAGAUUACCCCAUUGUCACCACAUGUUCCAUUUGCCGUGCAUCGAUGCUUGGCUCAUCAGGCAUGGAUCAUGUCCGCUUUGCAGAAGGGAUAUCUAGGUUCCUUUCCCUCUGUAAAUUCCUAGACUCGAGUGAGAUGUAUCAGUAGUAGUAGUAUAUCGAUACUCCACGGUUCUUCUGCGUAUUGUUACUUACGUUUUGUUGUCACACAUCCUUGUGGAUUGUGAUUUGUGUCUCUACUCAUUUUACGAGAUAUAUUAGUUCAUUUUGGACA